AUGUUAACACUAUUAUUUUCAUCUGGAUGGACAUAUUACGGUAAUAUAAUUAUUUGUAGUAUUGUUGUUAUUCCUACAAUAUUUUUUCUUCCAAUAUUACAACGAACAAGACAAUUUAUUCGUUUAAUAAUUAAUACAUAUCAUGAUCUUGUUCUAUCAUCUAUACGUGAUCAGUUUUCAAUUAAACUUAGCCAUAAAUUAUAUAAUAAAACAUGUUCUAGCUCAACAGAUUGUACAUUUGAUGCUCGAUUUAAUCGUCCAUUAACUGUGAAACAUAUUCAAAUCGAAUCAAAAGAAAAGAAUUGUUUAAAUUACAGAAUUCGGAUUCUACAUAUAUUAUCUUCUAAUAUUCGAAUUUUACCAUUGUCGAAUAUUAAAUUAACUGUUCAAAAUCAAUUCGAUAUUCCAAGAAAAGAAACAAUGAUUGGUAUUAAUGUAUAUCCAACAAUAUCUGUAUUCGAAAUCGAUAUCAAAGUUCAACGAUGUGAGAUAAAUGAUUCACCAUUUUUAUUAUUAUUUACUCGUUUAAUGACAAAUAUUGUACUUAUGGGUGAAGGAUCUUCAUCUGUAUUAUCAAAUGGAAAAGUAUUAGUUACUGGUGGAUGGGAUAGUGGUGUUUUAAACAGUGCUGAGCUGUAUGAUCCAUCAACAGGUACUUGGACAACUACUGGUAACAUGAAUAAUGCACGAAUUUAUCACACAGCAUCUGUAUUAUCAAAUGGAAAAGUAUUAGUUACUGGUGGAUACAGUAGUGGUAGUGCUUUAAAUAGUGCUGAGCUGUAUGAUCCAUCAACAGGUACUUGGACAACUACUGGUAACAUGGCUAAUGCACGAGAGUAUCACACAUCAUCUGUAUUAUUAAAUGGAAAAGUACUGGUUACUGGUGGAGUUGGUAAUACUGGUUAUUUAAAUAGUGCUGAAUUGUAUGAUCCAUCAACAGGUAUUUGGACACCUACUGGUAACAUGAAUAAUGCACGACAAUUUCACAGAGCAUCUGUAUUAUCAAAUGGAAAAGUAUUAGUUACUGGUGGAAUAGACAAUAAUUUUAGUUUGUCAAAUAGUGCUGAAUUGUAUGAUCCAUUAACAAGCACUUGGACAACUAGUAGUAACAUGAAUAAUGCGCGAGAGUGGCACACAGCAUCUGUAUUAUUAAAUGGAAUAGUAUUAGUUACUGGUGGAUCGAAUAAUGCUGUUUUAAAUAGUGCAGAAUUAUAUUAA